CAGGUCAUGAGUAACGAGUUGCGAUGGCUUUCACCAUCCCUGGUCAUGCCCAAAAUAGCAGUCCUAUGGAAGCAUCGAAUUUGUUUCAAGUUGGUUUCAUGGGCGGCAAGAAUGUUGUUCUGGAAGCCUUUUUCCUGAUCUCCUACUGGCGACCGCAGGGAAAGACAGUGCCAGGGGUUAGAAUCCCAGCGCUUAUGUUUGGGCGAAUGCAAGCGCCAGCACACAAAGUAGAGCAUGCAGCUAAGCAGGACUAGUCCCAACAACAUAAAAAAUAUCCACAAAGCGCUGACAUUGCUCGACACUUGCUAAUCAAUUAGCUGCCGUCUAUCUAUAGACUAGCAAUGACUAGCAUCAGACAGUCGGGCGCUUGUUUGGAACUGCGACAGAAUACCCUGGGUUUCUUAGUGCGCCGCCACGAG